CUUUGUUGCUUUGGGAGGCAGUGCAAAAGUAACUGCUAGGAGGGGUACUGAUUUUCAGCAAGUAAGUGUGUAAAUCCGUUUGGAAAACCUAUGACAAUGGAUGCUCCAGCCUAAUCUGUGUUUGUGUCUUUUUGUUCCUGGAAUUACUCAAGAGUGAGAACAGUGUGAGGAAGGCGAACGUGCUCCUAUCUUUUUUUUUUCCAGCGAGCUCUCUUAAAAAGUCCGUUUUGAAACUUCUGCGAUGUUCCUGCUGUGACAAAUGAUCUGUUACUAAGACUGGCAGCUCGGUUUGUUCUUCGUAAGCAUCUGUAAAAAACAUAGGCAAAUGAUUUUGUAUUCGUAAUGCGAUUUUUUUUUAGCAUCUCAAAACGAGUUUCCCGAGAUCACGUUCAACACUUAAAUUGGAAGUUAUGAAAACAAAUAAUCAAAUUGAUCAAAUUUACCAUUUUCUUUCUUAAAAUGAAGACGAGUAUUUAAUAGCUUGUCUAUACUUGAUAGUCCCUUUUCAUUUUAAUGCGGCUAGUGUAAUCUUACAAAGUAAUGCGUAAAAACAGAGGUGGCGUUGAACAGAUUUAACUGCGAGUAGUUAACGAGAACAGGUGUUUGCUGGAUUCCUAGUAUCUUUCGUACUAUGCUGCAAAAAUGCUGGCAAGAAAGAGCAUCAUCCCUGAAGAGUUUGUGCUGCCGGCGAUCACCAGCGGGAUACCCCGCAAGCCCCGCUUCCGAGACCGGCCUCGGAAAGCUCGGUUCAUCGCCAAGAACGGCGCCUGCAAUCUGGCGCACAAGAACAUCCGCGAGCAGGGCAGGUUCCUCCAGGACGUGUUCACGACCUUGGUGGAUCUGAAGUGGCGCUUCACGCUGGUCAUCUUCACCAUGACGUUCCUGUGCAGCUGGCUGCUCUUUGCGAUGGUGUGGUGGCUGGUCGCCUUCGGACAUGGGGACCUCGAUCCAAACCGCCGGAGUGCGAUCGAGCAGUGCGUCACCAAUGUCAAGUGGGUCCUCUUCUCUUAAUCCUAAAAACUGGCGAUGCUUGCUAGCUAGGCUCAGCAAACCAAGUCCUAACUAAAAGAAUAAACUUUACUAAACCAAACUUAACAGUAGCUCUGUAGCGCGGAUUUGGGAAUUUAACCUUAUAAAUUCGAUUAUUUAGUCGGCUCUAUGUCACUUUUGUAUUUUGUAUUUCAAAAUGACGUAUGUGAUAAACGUUGACCAUUGGACAUGAUUAUUCAUAUUGUAAAAAACAAACCUAUCUAUGUAUAAAACAUUUAUUAUAAGCAGACAAUUCUGUAGCUGAAAAAGCAACAGUUCGCAAUAGCUGCUGUACAUGGUCUAAUUUCAAGCACUAGUUUGGAAAGCGCGGAGAAAACAAUUCACAAACCUAGAACACAUCAAUGAACGAGUACUGUAUACUGUAUAUAAACAUGUUCACCAGGGUAGAAAAAUGUGUGAUAAUUGUGAAUGCACACCACAUGUUAUUUAAUAUUACAGAAUGACACCCAUAGUUCUGUUGAGUCCUGUCCUGUGCUUAAAUUUUACUUAAACUUUUUAUUACUGAAACAUACAGUACGUGAUAAUCAGCUAAUUCUGAAACGAACAAAAGUGUAGUAGUUGAAUGCUGAAGUUGUGAUUGGUGUAAGAUUCAUUUAACUAAAUGUUGUUGAAUCAGAAACAAUAAAACAGAAACAUUUGCUCUAAAAUGGUUUACUAUGAUUUCCACUCUUAUACCUGAAUUAAUAUUUUUGAAUGUCAUUGAAUACAUGUUUAAAUUUAUAUUCCCUGGCAAAAGCCUGCAUUUGUACAAUUGCAUUUUAACUCUCUUUUCCAUUUUUUACAUGCUGAAAGUUAAGACACGCUGUGCUUUUGGCUGUUAUGUGACAAUGGGAGAAACAGUGCCUGUACGUCCCCAUUAUCUUUUAGUAAAAUUCUGCUAUUCCUAAAAUCUUCUAAAAAGAAAGAAAAUUGCCUAGAAACACC